CAAUAAUGGCUUACAGUACAAUUCCAAGCCCGAAAAGGGUGCAAAAGAUGAUCCACAUGUUGCUCCAUUUGGUGGCAUUAGGCCUGGGAAUACUUGGGAUUUACGCAGCCUUCAAGUUCCAUAAGGAGAGCCAGAUUCCAAACAUGUAUACCUUGCAUUCCUGGCUUGGCAUCUCCACCAUCUGUUUGUUUGCCUUGCAGUGGAUAUUUGGGUUCUUCAGCUUCUGGUUUCCAGGAGCGCCGCCGAUGAUGAGAGCGACGCUAGUUCCGCUGCACUCAACCGCAGGGCUGGCCAUCUUUUUGACCGCGAUUUGCACCGUGGAAACUGGGCUAAUGGAGAAAGGGGCCGGUAGCCCAGGCCGUUCAGAGACGCUACUUAUCAACUUCGCAGGCCUUAUUAUUCUACUCUUCGGCCUGUUUGUCUGCCUCUCCACGGCUCUUCCCAGAAUCAUGCCCUUUUAGAAUAUUAUAAGGCCCUUUAUAUUUCUU